AGGAAGCUGAAAAUGGCCAGAACCAAGCAGACCGCCCGUAAAUCCACCGGAGGGAAAGCUCCCAGGAAGCAGCUGGCCACCAAAGCUGCCCGUAAGAGCGCACCAGCCACCGGCGGCGUGAAGAAACCUCACCGCUACAGGCCCGGCACCGUGGCCCUCAGGGAGAUCCGUCGCUAUCAGAAAUCCACCGAGCUGCUCAUCCGCAAGCUGCCCUUCCAGCGCCUGGUCAGGGAGAUCGCUCAGGACUUCAAGACCGACCUGCGCUUCCAGAGCUCCGCCGUCAUGGCUCUGCAGGAGGCCAGCGAGGCUUACCUGGUCGGCCUGUUCGAGGAUACCAACCUGUGCGCCAUCCACGCCAAGAGGGUCACCAUCAUGCCCAAAGACAUCCAGCUGGCCCGCCGCAUCCGCGGAGAGAGGGCUUAAACUGACCUGAGACCAGCGUAUAAUCAAACGGCUCUUUUAAGAGCCACAAACUGGGUCUGAAGAGCUGCGGUCCUGUUAUAAUAAUCUACACAAGCACUCGACGAUUGAUACAAAAUCUAUAAAGU